AUGAGCUGGCCGUACCGUUUCCUUCCCAACCUGACAGAAGAGCAGAAAGAUCACAGAAGGAUUUUACUGGACACGUAUGCUUUUCGAGCGCAGCUCUCUGUUCUGGUGCCUUUGCUUUUAUUGCAACUUUACUUUCUGGGUUCCUGGACAGCGAGACGACAAUUUCGUGGCGGGAAGGACGACGUGCCGAGCUCGCCGAGAGGCAAGGAGUUACGAGGCUCGAGUGCGAGAUGGUUGAGAGAUGUGGAGAGUGCUUUGACGAGGGCGAGGUGGUGGGGUGGCGAGGAAGUGGAGAUCUUGGGCAUGAAGAUGGGAGGAAGGAAAGGGGAGGUCUUGGGGGCCAGCGUAUGGAUGGGGUGGUUACUGGUGUUGUGUAUUGUGCAGACGGGAGAUGACUACUUCCACCUAACCAAACGGUUUGGCAUCAUUGCCGCGUCACAACUGCCACUGCAAUACCUCCUCGCGCUGAAGACACCUUAUUCCCCUCUCCAAUACCUUACACGGAGCUCUCACGAAACACUCAACUCCUCACAUCAACUCCUCGGCCGGAUCACUACCAUACUCCUCUACCUUCACGCAAUCUUCUACCUAGGCGCAUGGAUCACAAUCGGGAAUCUCGCCUCCAAGAUCCAGGAAUGGUACGUCUUGGCCGGCAUAUUCGGGAUCGUGGCCUUCACAGCUGUGGGUACGACUGCGCUUUCGCCCGUUCGACAGUGGAGCUAUCGCAUCUUCUAUACCACUCAUGUUACUCUAGCUACAGCGCUGCUACCUGUGCUCUUCUUCCACGUUAGUCAUAUCAGGAUCUAUCUCUACGAAACAGCAGUCGUAUAUGCUGUCAACAUCAUCCUUCGGAGUCUCGCUUCAACCACGGCGCCUGCAUCCGUGAGAGUACUGCCCAGUACGAAUCUGCUGGAAAUUGAGGUGCCGCAACCCCAAGGCGUAGCAGUACGGCAGAUGUGGGCACCUGGUCAACACGCCUAUGUUUCUCUGCCUGGCCAUCCAACGCUAAGGACAUUCCGGAGCAAUCCAUUCACUGUGGCAUCCAUACCAGCAGUCGAUGGGAAUUUGCUUUUCGUGGCGCGAAUCUUAGAUGGCAACACUGCGAAGCUCGCCAAAGCUGCCAAUGAAUCGAAGCGGCAACAUGAGAUUACUGUUGAGGGACCGUACGGCGUGAUCACACAUGCUGAGAAGCUGUUGGCUUACGACAGGAUACUCUUCGUGGCUGGUGGAGUAGGCGCGACGUUCAUCGUGCCACUCUACCGACAAUUGCUAGCAGAUCUAAGUCCAAGUAAAGGCAGUCACAGGAGGCAAAGAGUCAAGUUUCUGUGGAGUGUGAAGUCCAAAGCGGAAAUCAAUUGGGCAUUGCCAGCUGAGGCAAGAGAGCGGGAAGGUUUCCUGGAGAGAUUGAUUGUCUUUGUGACUGGCUGUCGAGAGGCAGGCAAUAUGACGGGCACGAGCGGCGGCUUCGCGCUGGGUGAGCCGGCCGACGAUGCAUAUGGCGAGACAGGCGAAGGCGUUGAGCUGGAGGAGCAGAAGAACUUGCUUUCGAGCAAAGCGGACGAAGACGGAAAGACUGCUCCAGAUGGGUUGACGAUCUUGGCUGGUCGGCCAAACAUUAACAAAACUCUUGACCAGACGUUCUCGCGCUGCCAUGGCUCCGAAAGGGUUGCUGUAGUCGUCUGUGGACCAAGCGGGCUGACUCGAGGCGUACGAGACGAAGUUGGCAGGUGGGUCGGACGAGGACGGGAUAUCUGGUUCUGGGCGGAAAGCUUUGGGUACUAG